CUAUAUCUUGUCGACGUGUCGGAAGCACCCAAUCUUUCGCAAAUGAUUUGAAUCCUGUUCCUGUAUCACUGGUACUUGUAAGAUUCAUAUAAUCAGUCAGGAACAAUUUUCUAUAGAACAGAUAAUACCUUUGGUGCAAUUUGAGACGAACAUCAUUAGACCCCGCUCUUCAAUAGGCACCCAUCCAUUCAUCCAAGAUCUUGAAUAUUAUCAUCGACUUGAAGCAUUUGAAGUACCUAUAAUAGUCUUAACCUUUUUUGUCUUAUCCUUGUCAUAUCUGUAUCAACGCUUACCUGUGUCAGACGUACCAUUAUGAAUUUGUUCCCCCGAAGACGAAGUGCCGUCAUUAAGAUUCUGGUGCUUGUAAUAGUUACGUGGUUUUUGGUAACCGUGCUGCUAGCCUAUAAUGAGAAAGUGAAUACGGGUAAAGACGUUGAAAUGAGAAACAUUCCAAACAAGAACGUUAUUCGAGACAGUACCAACAAAUUUAAGGAAGUCAACCAACGUGAAUCAAUAGAUAAUCAACCUUUUCCCCCACAACCCCCAGGAGUUCGUCACAAGUAUCAUAAAGCGGUCGAUGUCCCUGGAGACCAAGGUCAUGGGGUGCUUCCUCCACCUGGAGAUCCUGAAGGCCCAGGAGAGAUGGGAAAACCAGUCAAAUUGAAUAAUCUGACCCAGUCUCAGCAAGCCAUGGUGAAGCAAGGGUGGGAAAAGAAUGCUUUUAAUCAAUACAUCAGUGACCUUCUCUCUCUUCAUAGAAAUCUUCCCGACGUCAGAGAUAAGGAGUGUCGUGAUAUUAAAUACAUGAACAACUUACCUCAAGCGAGCGUUAUUGUGUGUUUUCACAAUGAAGCGUGGAGCGUCCUCUUGCGGACAGUUCACAGUAUCCUGGACAGAUCACCUCCUGAGUUAAUUAAAGAAGUGAUCCUGGUGGACGAUUUUUCCGACCAACGUAAGUUAGCAUGGUUUUAAUAAGUACUUAUAAGUAAUCUAAAAGUUAAAGGUUAGAAAAUUAAUUUAGAUGCAUAAAACGAUAUAUACCAACACUUUCAAAUAUACUGUUGCCUAUAUGCUCGUUUGUUAAUUUCGGUAUAAAUUCUUUCCGAGGAACAUAAGCGAUAAAAGUUCUUUCUUAAAUAAAACUAGUUUAUUCUUUCUCGAUACAACUUUGUAAUACACAGAAUUUCCAAUCAGUACGAUAAACUUAACUUCUUUUAUAACAAACGUUAUGAAUUAAAGUGAUUCACACACUUUACUUACGGUGCCCACUGUUCGCUUGACUCAAUUAUCUAUCUCUUCAAUCUAUCUAAUUCCGCAAUCUAUUUAUCUCUGCAAUUGCGCUGGUUUUUCUCGCCAGACUUAUAUACCAAAAAA